AUGUAUCUUCCAACCAUAAUCCCCUUACUCCUGACUAUCUUCUGCUCUACAGUCCAUGCUCAAGACCCAACUGCCUCCCAAAACCUUCAAGACCAAGAUCUCAUCUCAGCAGCUGCAUCCGACUACUCCGUCGCAACCUCUCUAAUCGUAUCUAUAUUCUCUUCAGCCACUGGUCCCAUCGAUAGUGUAUAUGCCCAAGCCACUUCCGCCGUAGGCUCCGUAUUUGCAGACGCAAGCAGUGGAAUCAGCAGUUUAGUGUCCGAAGUCAGCAGUGAAGGAAGCAGUGUAUGGAGCAAAGUCACAGCAACAAGCACACAAGGACCAGAGACGCAAAGUACAGUCACCGUGUCGAAAGUUGAAGAGACCAAGACUACAGCAACUGCAUCUGCUGCUGCUUCCACCAGUGAAUCAGAGGCCACCAAAGCAAGGAGGAACAAGAAAAGCGCUGAUGGGGUUUUGUUUGCUGCUAUAUUCGCUGCUGUCGCUUAUCUCUAG